GGCUAAGCUACAUCUUUGUGUGAGUGUUGAGUGGGUUGCUGCUAUUCAACAAACAGCCAUGAUGCUCCUGACUGCUGUGCUCUGUGGGCUCCUAUGCUCCUCAUCGCAGACUUCAUUUAAAAGGACAGAUGAAAACACUGCCAACAACUUUGAGGAUGAUGACUUCAGUGUCUCCACACUGCUGGAAAAGGCCAAUGCUAACCUUGGGAAGAACUUGGAUGAUCCUCUGGUGAUGUUUGGAGACAUUGCAGUGCCAACAGGUCUCCAGAACGCUGAUCCCUGCACAUCACGAGGCUGUCUAUGGACUAAAAACCAGGAUGGAAAAGUUUACAUUCCUUACAGGAUUUCCAGCGAUUUUUCUCAAAGAGAGAGGAGCCUCAUCGUCAGUGGUCUUGAGUCAUUUCAUGCUUCUACCUGCAUCCGCUUCAGGCCCCAGCAAACAGAGCGAGACUUUGUGGACAUCCAGUCCCGUUCUGGGUGUUGGUCUUUUAUUGGUCGUCGUGGUGGUGGCCAGGUGGUGUCGUUGAGCCGCAGAGGGUGUGUUUUCCACCAGAUUGUCCAGCAUGAGCUGCUGCACGCUCUGGGCUUCAACCAUGAACAGACCAGGUCUGACAGGGACAGUCAUGUUCGCAUCAUCCUGGAGAAUGUGAUAAGUGGACAGGAGCAUAAUUUCAGGAAAAUCAACACCAAUAACCUUGGCACUCCCUACGAUUACAACUCUGUCAUGCACUAUGGAAGGUUUGCCUUCUCUAGAAAUAGAGAGCCUACCAUUGUUCCCAUCCCUGACUCAAACGUAGAAAUUGGAAGAGCCACACAAAUGAGUCCUAAUGACAUCCUCCGGGUGAAUCGCCUUUAUCAGUGCAAUUCAAAUAAUCCUAAGAGGCAUCCUAAGAAUAAACAAUCUUUCUCAGGAAAUUAUUUCUUUUAAGAGAUAAAAGACAAGUAGCAAAAAUGCGGAGUGAUGCUGUUUGCUUUAAUGAGCUUCUUUGAUGACCUAAUGAGAAGUAAAAAGGACAGGCAACUGAACUGUCCACUGAUUUAUUUUCACAAAUACACAAUAAUGACUGUGUACCAGCUUGAUUCAAAGCAAACAUUAAUAAAAUCUCAAAUCUACUCUACAUACCCAGAACUAGAACCAAACAUGGAGAAGCAACCUCUCUCAUAAUCAUUUAGUCAGCCUGCUACGUGUCAUUGACCAUCUUCAAUCUGUCCUGCCUGCUUGUCACCUGCACCAUCAUAAAUAAACCUUUUAAACACCA